AUGGUCUCCACCAUUAUUAGAGGUCAUCGAUUGGAUGGGUACUUGAAUGGAACUAAGCAGCGACCUCAAGAAUUCAUCUCAGCUGGAGUUGCAACAGGUAACGGUACUCCUAGCUUUGGACUUCGAAGCAAUCCAGAGUUUGAACGAUGGAUCAUGAAUGAUCAAUUUCUCAUGGGUUGGUCAUACGACUCAAUGACAGAGGGAAUUGUGACAGAGGUAAUGGGUUGUAACUUAGCAACUACUUUAUGGAGGUCUCUUGAACUUUUUUAUGUUGUUCACUCAAAGGCAAAAAUGGAUGAGACUCGGGCCAAGCUACAAACAACAAUGAAAGGAAGCUUGAGCAUGGCUGAGUACCUGCGUCAAAUGAGAGCUUGGGGUGACAUUUUGGCUCUUGCAAGUAGUAUGUAUCUCGAUUCUCACUUAAUUACUAAUGUGUUGAAUGGUUUAGAUUCAUAUUACUUUUCAAUUCUAGUGAAAAUUGAGGCAAAGGAGAACAUAACUUGGAAAGAACUCUAG